CUCGCUCCUCUCUUUCACUCUCUUCAAACUUUCCCGGGAAGGAGCCGCCGCCGAUCUGAUCGCGAUCUUUGUUCUACUCAAUUUUGUUUCUGGAUAGCCGCAGUUAGUUUCUGCGCUACGCAGAGAGAGAAUUGAUAUAAUAACAAGUGAAUUAUGGAGGAGGAAGAUUACUAUAUGAGCGACGACGGCAGCGAAGAGAAUGAUUGUAGUUAUUCUUCCGAUCAAGACGCGGAAUCGCUCGACGGAUUUGAAAACGAUGAUUCAGAUGAUCAGUGGGUCGCGCACAAACCCCCUUAUUCGAAGGUUAUCACAAAAGCGUCACUGUUGGCUGCUCAGAGAGAAGAUCUGCAGACUGUAAUGGACUUGCUAUCAGUGAGGGAACACCAUGCCAGAACUCUUCUCAUUCACUACAGAUGGGAUGUUGAGAAAUUAACGGCAGUUUAUGUUGAGAAAGGAAGAUCUCACAUGUUUUCUGAAGCAGGUGUUUCGAUGACUGAGAUUGUUGACCUAGAUCCUGAUGACCCUUUCUCUAUAGUGAUGUGCAGCAUAUGUAUAGAUGAUGUGCCAGUGAAAGAUAUGACCAAAAUGGACUGUGGCCAUUCCUUCUGCAAUAGUUGUUGGACAGGGCACUUCGUUGUCAAAAUAAAUGAGGGUCAAAGCAAGAGGAUUAGAUGUAUGGCCCAUAAAUGUAACGCUAUCUGUGAUGAAACUAUAAUUAGAGAUCUAGUUAGUGUACAGCACCCUGAUUUGGCAGAGAAGUUUGACCGAUUCCUUCUUGAGUCAUACAUUGAAGACAACAGAAUGGUUAAAUGGUGUCCCAGUACACCUCAUUGUGGGAAUGCAAUAAGGGUAGAAAAUGAUGAGUUUUGUGAGGUAGAGUGUUAUUGUGGUUUACAGUUUUGUUUUAGUUGCUCAUCAGAAGCCCAUUCCCCUUGUUCAUGCUCUAUGUGGGAACUCUGGAUAAAGAAAUGCCGUGAUGAAUCUGAGACCGUCAAUUGGAUUACUGUGCAUACGAAGCCUUGUCCGAAGUGUCACAAACCAGUUGAAAAGAAUGGUGGUUGCAACCUAGUUAGUUGCAUAUGUGGGCAAGCUUUUUGUUGGUUGUGCGGCGGAGCUACUGGCCGAGAUCACACUUGGUCGCAUAUUGCUAAUCAUAGUUGUGGCCGUUACAAAGAAGAUGGUGAGAAGAAGGCUGAGCGUGCAAAACGAGACCUAUACAGAUACAUGCAUUAUCAUAAUCGUUAUAAAGCUCACACAGACUCCUUUAAGCAGGAAUCUAAAUUGAGGGACAAAAUCAAAUCAAAGGUUUCACGGUUGGAAGAUAAAGACUCAACGUUAAGAGAUUUCAGCUGGGUUACUAAUGGCAUUUACAGACUGUUUAGAUCGAGACGAGCUCUUUCUUAUUCUUAUCCGUUUGCUUUCUACAUGUUUGGUAAUGAGUUCUUUAACGACGAGAUGACAGAAAAGGAGAGGGAAUUAAAGCAACAUUUAUUUGAAGACCAGCAGCAGCAGCUUGAGUCAAAUGUUGAGAGGCUAUCCAAAUUUCUCGAGGAGCCAUUUGAUGACUAUCAAGGGGAAGAAGUCAUGCAAAUGAGGAUGCAAGUUAUUAAUCUCUCUGUUAUCACUGAUAACCUCUGCAAAAAAAUGUAUGAGUGUAUUGAGAAUGACCUAUUGGGUUCACUUCAAUAUACCAUUCACAGUAUAGCUCCUUACCAGUCAAAAGGCAUAGAGAAGGCAGAUGAGCUAACCUUUGGAGGGAACACUCUAGCAGAUAGCAAUGGUAAUUGUCAGGAGGCAGCUGGACAGUCCAUUGGGGACUCAGUAGAAGUUGGCCAGCCUGGGACUUCAAGCAAGUGCUCUCAGCUGACACGGAAGCGCCCUAGAAAAGAAAGAAACACUGGUAGCAUCAUUGAUCUCAACAAGCCUGCAGAAGCUCAUCCAGUAAAUGCUUACAAUUAUGAAUAAAACUGUGCAUGGAGAGAUCAUAUGAAAACAUAGUAUUUUGAGAGACGAUUUACUUGGGAGAUUUUAACUGCCCUUUUUGCCCGGUUAGCGUAUAUAGUUCCCCGACCAUCCUUAGAUAUAGUACGGAAGUAAAGUAGCUUAACUAUGUACAGGUUUUUUGGGAUGGUAUUCUAAUGUAUAGGGAAGUGUUGGAUGGUAUUUUUGGUUGUGGUGCUAAAAUUUAUUAAUAAGAGGGGGGCAAAUUUUAUGCAAA